GAGGUUCCGGGGGUGGGGCGGCCGGGAAAGGAGAGGGCUAGCGGACUAACGGGCCGCGGCGAGUGAGGAGGCAGCAGCGGCAUUCGAGGAAGAGGAAGAGGCAGCGGGGGUGCGGCCGCGAGGGGAGCUCCUCCCCCGUCCCCUCACCCCCUCAGCUCGGCUCCUUUAGCCCCGGGCGGGGCGGGGGGCGUGGAGCAGGGCAGGGCGGGGGAGCCGCCCCGACUCGGUUCGGAGCGCACCCCAGCGCGGAGCGCACGCCUCUCUCAGGAACUUUGUGGUGGAGCCGCAGGUGUGGGGGACCGCGGAGGCGUGCAUGUGGGGCGCUAGGGCGUCGCGGAGAGCGGUCGCUGUCCUGUCCGGCCUUUGCUGGAGUAGCAAAGGAGAAAGCAAGCAAGGAGAAAGGUUUGUGCCCUCUUCCUGAUUCUGGAGAAAAAUGCCGGUCCGGAAGCAAGAUACCCAGAGAGCACUGCACCUUUUGGAAGAAUAUCGUUCGAAACUAAGCCAAACUGAGGACAGACAGCUCAGAAGUUCCAUAGAAAGGGUUAUUAACAUAUUUCAGAGCAACCUCUUUCAGGCUUUAAUAGAUAUUCAAGAAUUUUAUGAAGUGACCUUACUGGAUAAUCCAAAAUGUACAGAACGUUUAAAGCAGUCUGAACCAAUACAGCCUGUGAAUGCUUGGGAAAUUUCCAGCCUUCCAAGCACUACUGUGACUUCAGACACCCUGCCAAGUAGCCUUAGUCCUAGUGUAGAGAAAUACCGUUAUCAGGAUGAAGAUACACCUCCUCAAGAGCAUAUAUCCCCACAAAUUACUAAUGAAGUGAUAGGUCCAGAAUUGGUUCAUGUGUCAGAAAAGAAUCUGUCUGAGAUUGAGAAUGUCCAUGGAUUUGUUUCUCAUUCUCAUAUUUCGCCAAUAAAGCCAACAGAAGCUGUACCUCCCUCUUCUCCCACUGUCCCUGUGAUCCCUGUCCUGCCAGUCCCUGCUGAGAAUACUGUCAUCCUACCCACCAUACCACAGGCAAAUCCUCCUCCAGUACUGGUCAACACAGAUAGCUUGGAAACACCAACUUAUGUUAAUGGUACUGAUGCAGAUUAUGAAUAUGAAGAAAUUACACUUGAAAGGGGGAAUUCGGGGCUUGGUUUCAGCAUUGCAGGAGGCACAGACAACCCACACAUUGGAGAUGACUCAAGUAUUUUCAUUACCAAAAUUAUUGCAGGAGGAGCAGCUGCUCAAGAUGGAAGAUUGCGGGUCAAUGACUGUAUAUUACGAGUAAAUGAAGUAGAUGUUCGUGAUGUCACACAUAGCAAAGCAGUCGAAGCAUUGAAGGAAGCAGGGUCUAUUGUACGCUUGUAUGUAAAAAGACGGAAACCGGUAUCAGAAAAAAUAAUGGAAAUAAAGCUCAUUAAAGGUCCUAAAGGUCUUGGGUUCAGCAUUGCAGGAGGUGUUGGAAAUCAGCAUAUUCCUGGGGAUAAUAGUAUCUAUGUAACCAAAAUAAUUGAAGGAGGUGCAGCACAUAAAGAUGGCAAACUUCAGAUUGGAGAUAAACUUUUAGCAGUGAAUAGUGUAUGUUUAGAAGAAGUUACUCAUGAAGAAGCAGUAACUGCCUUAAAGAACACAUCAGAUUUUGUUUUCUUGAAAGUGGCAAAACCUACAAGUAUGUAUAUGAAUGAUGGCUAUGCACCACCUGAUAUCACCAACUCUUCUUCUCAGCCUAUUGAUAACCAUGUUAGCCCAUCUUCCUACUUGAGCCAAACACCAGCAUCACCAUCUCGAUACUCACCAGUUUCAAAAGCUGUGCUUGGAGAUGAUGAAAUUACAAGGGAACCACGAAAAGUCGUUCUUCAUCGAGGCUCAACAGGCCUUGGUUUCAAUAUUGUAGGAGGUGAAGAUGGAGAAGGAAUAUUUAUUUCCUUUAUAUUGGCUGGAGGACCUGCUGAUCUUAGUGGAGAGCUCAGAAAGGGAGACCGUAUUAUAUCGGUGAACAGUGUUGACCUCAGAGCUGCCAGCCAUGAGCAGGCAGCAGCUGCAUUGAAAAAUGCUGGUCAGGCUGUCACAAUUGUUGCACAGUAUCGACCUGAAGAAUACAGUCGUUUCGAAGCUAAGAUACAUGAUUUACGGGAGCAGAUGAUGAAUAGUAGCAUCAGUUCAGGGUCAGGUUCUCUUCGAACUAGCCAGAAGCGAUCCCUCUAUGUCAGAGCCCUUUUUGAUUAUGACAAGACUAAAGACAGCGGACUUCCCAGUCAGGGACUGAACUUCAAAUUUGGAGAUAUUCUCCAUGUUAUUAAUGCUUCUGAUGAUGAAUGGUGGCAAGCCAGGCAGGUCACAUCAGAUGGCGAGAGUGAUGAAGUUGGAGUAAUUCCCAGUAAACGCAGGGUUGAGAAGAAAGAACGAGCCCGGUUAAAAACAGUGAAAUUCAAUUCUAAAACAAGAGAGAAAGGGCAGUCAUUCAAUGACAAGCGUAAAAAGAACCUCUUUUCCCGAAAAUUUCCCUUCUACAAGAACAAGGACCAGAGUGAGCAGGAAACGAGUGAUGCUGACCAGCAUGUAACGUCUAAUGCCAGCGAUAGUGAAAGUAGUUACCGUGGUCAAGAAGAAUAUGUCUUGUCUUAUGAACCAGUGAAUCAACAAGAAGUUAAUUAUACUCGGCCAGUGAUCAUAUUGGGACCUAUGAAAGACAGAAUAAAUGAUGACUUAAUCUCAGAAUUUCCUGACAAAUUUGGAUCCUGUGUUCCUCAUACAACUAGACCAAAACGAGAUUAUGAGGUAGAUGGAAGAGAUUAUCAUUUUGUGACUUCAAGAGAACAGAUGGAAAAAGAUAUUCAGGAGCAUAAAUUCAUUGAAGCUGGCCAAUAUAACAACCAUCUGUAUGGAACAAGUGUUCAGUCUGUACGAGAAGUAGCAGAAAAGGGCAAACACUGUAUCCUUGAUGUUUCUGGAAAUGCCAUAAAGAGAUUACAGAUUGCACAACUUUACCCAAUCUCCAUUUUUAUUAAGCCCAAAUCCGUGGAAAAUAUCAUGGAAAUGAAUAAGCGUCUAACAGAAGAACAAGCCAGAAAAACAUUUGAGAGAGCCAUGAAACUGGAGCAAGAAUUUACUGAACAUUUCACAGCUAUUGUACAGGGAGAUACGCUAGAAGACAUUUACAACCAAGUGAAGCAGAUCAUAGAAGAACAGUCUGGCCCUUACAUCUGGGUUCCGGCAAAAGAAAAGUUAUGAGGACUGAUGUUUCGGUUUCGUUUUACGCAUUCUCAUUUCCUUUCUUUGACACAUCUUUGACUUUUCCUUCUGGUGUCCAUCUUUAAUACUCCUCCAUGCUGAAUCAUAUCCCACUCAUCAUGGUCUCCAAUUGCACUUCCAUUUGACAUCUGAUGUCCCCUUCAGGUUGCAUCAUCUGUGUUACUUUAUGUCACUGUUGAUUUGUGGCCAUAUUUCAGAACUAAAGAUGGAAUGGCCUGAUCAGCUAUUAAGGGUUUGGGGAGAUGGGGAAAUUAUGGUAAAAUUCCUUAAUGUUUAAGGGAAAGUAACUUUAAGAGAUUUACAGAAAAGCUUUAUAUACAUUCUUCUCAGAUUUCAAUACAAAUGAGAGAACAGUGGUCUUAAUCAGUGAUUUAAUAAACUUUGAGCAACUAUGCACGUUUACUUUUUCAUAGCAUGAUUUGGCCAGUGCAUUAGCUCUCAACUCCUUUUCUGAAUUGACUUCUGUUAUCAAAGCAAAUAUUUCAUUAAGGAAAAUAAGUUUUUUAAUUUCAAAAUUAAUGCCUGAAUUAACUUUCAAAAUUUCACAAAGGAUAUUCAUUUUUCAUAAGUCUUCUUAAAGUCUUUAAUUAUUUGAGGUUUUUUCCAAAUACAUAUGCUAGGAAUAACAAUGUUCAAAUGAUUUCAGUCUAUUUGUACAAUAACACAAUGGUGUCUUACGAAGUUGUUUAUAAAGAACGAUCAUCGUAUUUUCUGAAUUGAGGCCAGGUUAGGUGCUAGAGGAGCUCACCUUUCACACAGAAGUUGAGGAAAUGUCAUAAACAUAAAUAGAGACAAAACAGACAUUACAGUGGUGAUGUAGUAUAAUCAUUAUGGCAAUGGAAAAGGAGUCCAAUUCAUAGUCUAAAACUUUAAAUGUAUUCUUAGGGGUCAGAUUUUAAUGAAUAUUUUACCCACAAUAACUGCCUAUUUUGUUAUAAUAAAGUAUAUAUAUAUAAAUAUAUAUGAAACUUUCUUUAACUAAACUGUAACUAUGGGAAUUAUUUUCUUUACAUAGUUGCACACACAUGCGCAUAUAUAUAUUUAAAAUAUAUUUUUUCUUUUGCCACCUACUCCUAAUUUUUGUUUCAUUUUGUUUAUAAAUUAAAAUUAAUUGAUUAGAGUUUAUCUUCCUUAAUCAUGUGAACUGAAAAUAGGGGUAUGGUGGUUGUGGGGAGGAACUUUUGGGGAAAAUUAGAUUACGAAUAAAAGUAUGGGCAUGUUCUCCUCUUUUCUACAAGUCCUCAAAUGGUUACUGUUUUGUUGUUGCUGUUUGGGUUUGUUUUCGGUCCUCUGCCUUUCCUUCCAGCUCUCCUCCCUUCAUUAAUGAGAAAAGAGGCAAAACCUCCACUCACGUGUGUUUCCCCUCUGACCGUGCAUCUGUCAUCUCUCAUAGCUGCUCUGCACUAGAGUUGCACAUCUUGGUGCUGAGCAAAUAUAAGAAUUUUUAGUGAAAGAUAGAAAUAAUUUCAGAAAUCAGUUUCUCUGGUACUUUGUAAUAAUAUGAUUUGGCUUUCCAUUGCUUUUUGAAGUUUUUUGGUUUUUUUUUUUUUAAUUGUGUCUUUGACAACCUCCUCAUUAUAUAAUGUUUCUUAAAUGAGCACUGGUUUGUGAAGAAUUAUCAACAAUUAUCCAUUCCAUUUAUGAGAAAGAGGAGAACAGCUAAUAAACUUUAUUGUAAAAUUUGUAUGUGGAACGUGUCUUGAUUUUGAAAGAAAAAAUCAUUUUACAAGCUAGCAUUUUCUUAGAACGGUUUGGUAUAUCACGUAAUUUAUAAUCCAGAUUCAAGAGCUGUGAGGCAACGUAAUCAGAAUCUCUUCUGUGGGUUUUGGAAUUAACACAUUUCAGCAUGUAAUAUUGCUUUCACGCUACAUGUAGUAGGCUGUUGCCAAACAUAAACAUUACCAGAAGAAAAUGAUUGUAAAGUGAUCUCAGGAGGCCCAGAAGUUAUUUUGCAGCAAGAUUUCAGUGUAAGCUCUUUUGAAUUAUUUACAAACAGUCACGUGUUGUAAAAUAUCAGACAGUUACAAAAUGAUGCUUAUGUGUUAAAAUAGCUGCAUUACACUGUUUACUGGA